AUGAUGCCCCGGCACAACGCCGCCGCCUAUUCCAACGGCUACCCACGCGGCAACACUUUUGACAUCUCUCCACACAAAUUCCAACCACGAACAUUGACGCCCGCUCAACGCCGUCGCAAGAAGCUUCUUGUUCGCCUAGCCGUCGUCGGUCUUAUUCUGUUCGUCUUUAGCCUGUGGCUAUGGCCGUCCAGCUCUGUCGCCUCCCUCGUUUCCUUCGGCCUUCUCUCGACCAGCGGCACUCCUGAGCUGGAGACAGUUCGAUACUACGAUUUGACCACAGUCCAGGGCACCGCCCGUGGAUGGGAACGUGAGGAGCGCAUUCUUCUGUGUGUGCCGCUCAGAGAUGCCGAACCUCAUCUUACCAUGUUCUUUUCCCAUCUUCGCAACUUCACCUAUCCUCAUCACUUGAUCGACCUUGCUUUCCUCGUCUCCGACUCUAAGGACCGAACGCUGGAGGUAUUGUCAGAAAACCUUGAGGCAAUCCAGGCCGACGAGGACCCGAAGCAACCUUAUGGUGAGAUAUCUAUCAUUGAGAAGGACUUUGGUCAGAAGGUCAACCAGGAUGUCGAGAGUCGUCACGGUUUCGCUGCGCAGGCCAGUCGAAGAAAGCUGAUGGCACAGGCUCGCAACUGGCUGCUCAGCGCCGCGUUGCGACCAUAUCACUCCUGGGUUUACUGGCGUGACGUCGAUGUUGAAACAGCUCCCUUUACGAUUCUCGAGGAUCUCAUGCGCCAUAACAAGGAUGUCAUUGUUCCCAACGUUUGGCGGCCGUUGCCUGACUGGCUUGGUGGAGAGCAGCCCUAUGAUCUGAACUCUUGGCAGGAGUCUGAGACGGCCUUGGCACUCGCUGAUACACUUGAUGAAGAUGCUGUUAUCGUCGAAGGUUACGCCGAGUAUGCUACAUGGAGACCUCACUUGGCGUAUCUCCGCGAUCCAUUUGGCGACCCAGACAUGGAAAUGGAGAUUGAUGGUGUUGGAGGAGUCAGUAUCUUGGCAAAGGCCAAGGUCUUCCGAUCUGGUGUCCAUUUCCCGGCUUUCAGCUUCGAGAAACAUGCUGAGACAGAAGGAUUUGGCAAGAUGUCCAAGAGAAUGAAGUACUCUGUCGUAGGCCUGCCACACUACACCAUCUGGCAUUUGUAUGAGCCUAGUGUGGAUGAUAUCCGUCAUAUGGAGGAAAUGGAGCGAGAGCGACUUGCUCGUGAAAAGGAGGAAGAAGAGAAGAAGAAGAACCAACAAAAGAUCAAGGAGGAGUAUAGUGACACCCGGAAUGAGUGGGAAAAAGAUAAGCAAGAGAUGCAGGAUCUGGUGGCGCAACAGAAGCCUAUCAAGGAACCAGGCAACGCUCCCAGCCGAGACGGUUUGGCCAAACCUCACAAGGGUCAGGGUGAUUCUGCCGACUCUGCGAAGGACGCGAGCAUACCAAAGGCGGCCAAUGAAGAGGUCAAGGCGGUCAAGGGAGAGGAGAAGGCGGUCAAGGAUGGAGGAAAGCCGGUCGGGCAAGAGGCAAAGGCGGCUGAGGGAGCUGCAGCCAAUGCGGCUGGCGAUGCCGCCCAGAAGGAGAAGGUGGUCAAAGCAGCUGCUUGA